CAGUCCGCGCGCAACCAUCACGACGAUCACUCGCUCCGACCGCUCUCCAGUGUUUACAAGCACAUAACCUACGCACCGGUACACCGGACUGACAGCCAGUGACAGUGUUUGGAGUGUUAGCCGGCGCGACGGAGGCGGUGCAAGGAAUGUUGAUGGCGGGCGCUUUGCCGGCCGAGCCUGAGGGUCUCUUGGCCCUCAGUGCACUCCCGGGACAAAAGGACACCACCUGGACGAAGCUGUUCGUCGGCGGACUACCCUAUCACACGACGGAUAAGAGCCUGAGGGAACACUUCGCCGUGUUCGGUGACAUAGAGGAAGCGGUCGUCAUAACAGACAGGCAGACUAGUAAAAGCAGGGGAUAUGGCUUCGCGACUCGUGUCGGCUAUGAAAGGCAGCCGUAUCGCACGCUGGGCGCGUUAUCGCACCUCAUUGCUACCGGCAACAUACCUACUGCCGCGACUAGGAUUGGAAGGGCAUUAUUUGUUAUGAGCUGUUACCACCAGGACCAUCGAUUCCGAACUCUACUGUGGACAACUGAUGAGAUUAAAGAAGAAGAUGAGAGAAAGCAGCCAGAAUUAAUCAAUAGAAGGGGUGUGCAAAAUUUAAAAGAGUUUGGCUGGGAGGUGUUAAUGCAUCAGCCUUAUAGUCCUAAUCUUGCACCUUCAGAUGUCCACCUGUUUCGAUCUCCUCAGAAUUGUUUAAACAGUGUCAGGUUAACAUCACGCGAGGUAAUAAUGUCGGACAGAGCUGCGGCCGAGCGCGCGUGUAAAGAUCCCAACCCCAUCAUAGAUGGAAGGAAAGCAAAUGUGAACCUUGCCAUUCUAGGAGCAAAACCCAGAGGAAAUCUAGCACCAGCGGCUCCAGAAUUGAUACCGAACGGAACAUGCAAGAACAAGGGCCCGCCCCCGCCGGAAGCGGCUAAACGCUCGGAAACGGAAGUGCUCGGUGGUCGACAGGAUCGGGCCGGGAUUACUGAGAUGCGUUUGCGCACCCGGCCUCUAUACCUGCGGCCUGCUCUAAAUCGCUUCGACAAUAGACCUCCUUUUACAAUUGCAAAUAAGCUUCACGAACAAGGACACAAACGACAAGAAUUAAUUGAAUAA